AUGCAGUCGUCAUCGCAACCAUCGAAAGCGCCCCAGAAGGACAAAAAGUCUGGAGCUCCGAAGAACAAUCAAAGGCGUAAAGGGAGCGCACCGGUCCCUUCCAAAUUACGAGGACUUCCUCAGGAUUCCCUUGAAGUGCGGGUUUCGAAGACGUUAUCGUAUAUUCUGCGCCACGGAGCACAGAAUGAAGGGGUACCCAUGCGGACAGAUGGCUAUGUAAAUGUCACUAAUCUUCUGGAAAUCCCCAGACUGAAAGCCCAGUCCGUAGACCUCCCUAUGCUGCAGAGCAUUGUCAGAGCAGAUGCGAAGCAGCGGUUUGACUUGAUCUGCGAGCUCGACCCGACGUCAAAUGAAAGCGUUUGGUGGAUCAGGGCGAAUCAGGGUCAUACCAUGAAGACAGUAAAACUAGAGCUAAAGCCUGUAUUGUCGGUGUCAGAUAUACCCUCCGGGGUUGCUAUCCAUGGAACGGAUAUCCGAGCUUGGGAAAUCAUAUCCACCGAAGGCCUGUCCAAAAUGAAGCGUAACCAUAUACAUCUCGCCCAAGGCCGUGAUGCUGUCAGUGGCAUGCGCAAGACCUCCAAAGUGAUUAUAUAUAUCGACGUCCAAAAGGCACUUGAUGCGGAUAUCAAAUUCUUCCUUUCGGAUAACGGGGUUGUUCUCACCGAGGGCGAUGAGCGGGGAUCCCUACCAGUGCGGUUCUUUUCAAAAGUGGAGGAUGCAAACGGGGUGCCUUUGCAGGGUUGGCCGGUCACUGCGUAA